AUGAGCUUUGGCAAGACAAAUUAUCGCGUAGGCGGGACGCGCGGUGGCGCGAAUCAUUUCAAGUGGGAAGACGUUAAGAAUGACAAGUAUCGAGAGAAUUAUUUGGGUCAUUCGGUCCAAGCGCCUGUAGGUCGUUGGCAGAAAGGAAAGGACGUGACAUGGUAUGCAAAAGCAAACAAGACAGAGAAAGCCGAAGCAUUUCAGAUUGAGUUAACAUUAGCCAAGCAACGGGACGAAGAUCUCAUGAAUGAAGCUCUAGGUAUUGCACCGAAAAGACGUCAUGAACCUGUUGAAGCUUUGAGUGCGUCGGAAAUGAAGAUGUUGCUGAAACGAGGAGAAGCAGAGCGCGAUGACAUGGAUAUCGAGCGGAUUGAAGGAUUAGGAGCAGCGCCAGUAAAAGCUUUGAGUUUCCAGACAGGACACAAACGUACGUUGGCUGAGAGAUAUAAGGACCAACUUGCGAGUGGUAUAGCAGAUACGACGUAUGCGUUGCCAGGUACUAUUGACGAACCCAUGACAGAGAGUGAGGCCAAGACAGCGCGAAAAAAGACGCGCAAGGCUGAGAAAGAAGCCAAAAAACUCAAGAAAAAACAAAAGAAGGAGCGCAAGAAAGAGAAAAAGGCGUUGCACACUUACAGUCGCAAUGUAGACGAUAGAGAUGACAAUAAGCUACGCUACCAUCGUCAAAGCAUGGAUAAUGAAGAUGCAAGGCAUCGUUCACGUUCUUGCUCGCCACCAAGUCAUUCAGCAAAAAGUCGAGUUGCAGUUCGAUGGCCGCACUCUGAAAGUCGAUAUCAUAGCGAUCAGUCCUGUUCACGAUCACGAAGUGGCGGUCGCCGGAAUGAAAACUCGUCAAGACGAGCAGAAUUACAAGAUUCUUAUGGUCGAUCGCGGUCUUCAAAUCGUCAUCGUCGUCAUCGCGAUCUAUCUUCGUCUCCUUCUCCUAGAAGACGUCUGCGCUCUCAUUCACGGUCGCACCGACGUUAA